UACCAUUUAUUAUAGUACAACUGUCUCGGUCGUCCUGCAGCUAGGCCGCAGCCACAAAUCUGUGAAGAAAGGGUUGAGCUUUCCGUAUCUGUCAUUCUGUCUGCCAGUUCGGUGGGAUUAUACAACUGCCUUGGUCUUCCUGCAGCAGCCACGAAUCUGUGGAAAAAAGGCUUGAGCUCUGAGUUCGUGUGGAUCCAUGUGGCCGGAGAGCCCGCUUCUCCGGGACGCCGGCGCUGCCGUGCUCACCGGAUGCGUCGCCUUGGCGGUGCUCCGCUUCUGGGAGGAGGUCGGCAACCGCGCCCUCCUGGACCAAAAACUCUGCAGGAAGCUGGUGCACAUCAGUGUCGGGCUGGUAUAUUUCCUUAUGUGGCCUCUGUUCAGUGCAGAUGAUGUCUAUGCUCCAUUUCUUGCUUGCAUCGUCAUUGCACUAAACAUCGUAAAGGUGACUUUGAUUGGCCUCGGUGUAGUUAAAGAUGAUGGCGUCGUUAACUCAAUGACAAGAAAUGGAGACUAUAGAGAGCUUCUCAAAGGCCCGCUCUAUUACGCGUGUACUAUAACUCUCACUACCGUAAUCUUUUGGAGGACGUCUCCCAUUUCGAUCGCUGUGAUUUGCAAUCUGUGCGCAGGGGACGGUGUGGCCGACAUAGCCGGGAGGCGAUACGGGCAUGUGAAGCUCCCUCACAACCCUGACAAAUCCUACGCCGGAAGCAUCGCAAUGUUCUUUGCCGGAUUCAUCGCAUCGAUCCUGUUCAUGUGCUACUUCCACCUUUUCGGGUUCGUGGAGCAGAGCUGGACCAUGGUCGCUGCCUUCGGCAUCACGUCGCUUGCAGCGGCAAUUGUCGAGUCACUCCCGGUCAGCACGCGCUUGGACGAUAACCUGACGACUUCGAUCACUUCUGUGCUCGUCGGCGGGCUGGUUUUCUACUAUGUUGGUGGUGGAGGUGGUGCCGGAAGCGGCGGCAGGAGCAGCAUCUUGGCGACUGCUGAGAUGGUCUUUGCAGGCAGUAGCUACUAAAGUGAGGAGACGAUGGAGUGAAUUGGAAGGCUUUGUUGGUGGUGAUACAAUCAUACUGCAAUUGAAAGGCUGUCAGCGAGUGUUGGUUUAGUACGUUUUUUUUUCUUUUUAGAAAAGGAGAAAGACCCCCGGCCUCUGCAUCUGAGGCGAUGCAUGUAGCCAUUUUAUUAAUUAUUUAUAAAGACCUUACAAAGUAAUACAUCAGUAAGACUGAAGCCACCGGCUAGACAAUAUAUGUCGCUACUUCUAUA